AUUUUAUUAUUACUUUUUUGGGUAAAUCUUACUAGAUUUUAUUUACAAUUUGUAAUGUUGAUUUUGUUACAUUGACUGCUUUACAAUGGACAUAAACUUUAUCUUUUACAAAUUGUUUCACGUACUCUAUCCCAGACUUGAACAUCUGAGAUUUUAAGUUGGAUGCAUUUCCCUUUUCCAAACUCUUAUCUCGCCAUUCUGAAGCUUAAAUCUAGAAAGCUUUGACAGUUGAUACAUUAUUUAACCACAUUAAAAAAUAUAUAUUUAUAAUAUAUCUUCUUGUCCUUGCGCUUGUUCAGACGCAAUAUUUGGGCGUGACUGGGGUUGUAGAUCAACAACAAAUGUCUAUUACUAAUAUGCAACCACUUCUGACCAAAAUGCAACUGCUACUGGCUGGACUUCAAAAUAUAACUCAACCUUCAGGCGCACCCGUUUAUGCACAGCCAUGGCAGUCGCAACACAAUAUAUCGAUAAGUCAAGUCUCUCGGGCUGCUACAACAACACUACCACUGACUCAGCCAGAUGGCACAAGUAGAAUGCUGCAAACACUUCAAUCUCCGGGAACAUCUCAUGGAUUACCAGAUAUCUCGCCGCUGGAACAAUUAGCCCAAACUGCACAUGCACAAACAAACGAUGUGUCACCAGUGUUCAGUUUACACCAGGGCCAAGGCAGAAACGCAUCAGUCGAAUCACAGCCAUUCACGCAGGGACUAUCAGAUCAAGAUUCUAAACUGGAAAAAGCUUCAUCAUACUUGCGUCGAAGAAGACGAAAGUGUGUGGGCAGGUUGGAGGCCCAUGGAAACUUUGUGGAUAAACAGAGAGUAUAUAGGAUUGGUUCGCUGGGAACUAAAUGUUAUAUGGAAGAGCAAACUAUUACCUCUCCUUUUACUAAAGGACACCCUGCAAUUGCUGCAUCACUUGUGGCUGAAAAUGAUCCAUUAAAGCCUGAAAUUCAAGAAAAACAAGAGCUAUGUCACGAGGACCAGCAGAUGAAGUCCAAUAUAGAGGCAUUUGAGGCUGAAAAUGAGAGAUUGAAGCUUGAAAUAGAUGAAAAGAAGCAGCAAAUGGAGUCCAAUCUGAAGGCAUUUGAGUCUCAAAUUAGACAGCUGGUCGAUGAAUUCGAAUCUCUAAAUGUAGCCAAUGUCUCAGUGAAUAUAAGGACGCAAACUCAGUCAGGGGAAGCCAGCUCACCCUUGAAAUAAAUUUUGAUAAAUUCAAGCUGAACUAACAAAAAGAGAACAAAAAGGAAAUGCAGAAUAUCCUCAACUUGAGAGUUCAGGGCUCUCUCCAGUCUCCACCAUCAGUCAAACUAUUGCAACAGCCCCAGUUCUGAAGAUUGUUCCAUGUUUUUAUCUCAGUUUUUAUUCAUUUCCAGUCUCGUCUCUGUUUUUAGAUCUAGGUGCCUUCUGGUUUGUUGUAAGAACUCUUAAAUCGUAUUUAAGAGUCUUAAGAAAUCUAAGGGGUCCUCCUGAAGGUCUGUUUCAAGAGUAUAGUUUAAAUAGUGUCUUGUCUUGUCUUGUCUUGUAUUAAUUAAGCCAAUCAAUUGCGUUAAAAGGUAAUAUUUACAAGGAAUUGCCUAUCAUAUUUUAGGCCUGUAUCUCCUUGUUUUACUUCUAUGGAUACCUGGUUAAGUAGUGUCAGUUCUUGGUGAUAAAAUGGUAUCCACGGGUCUGUUAGGAAACAUUUGGCUCCUGUACGUGCUUAUAUUUUUUCAACCAUUUGAUAAAAUGGGUGGGCAGUGAAGUCAAUCUCUGUACAGAGGAAGCUUCACAACUUAUGCUCACACCUGCUGAUCAUCAGGAGCUUUCCACCUAGAAGAAUAGUCACCCAUCUCUGAGGUAAAUCUCCUCAAUUUAAAAGUAUUGCCUUCAAAUUUUGAGAAAGAUAGAAUGCAAUUGCGGAGAAACUUAUCAGCUUGUACUCUAUUAUUAUGAAAUCGUUACAUGUUAGAAUUGCCGCAAUGAAUUUGACAGCGUAAAGAUGGAAAGACCGACUGGUGAUUGAAUGGUUUAUCCCUUUCUUUGUAACUCUUUGUACACAUGCUCAAAUUCAAUUAGUAGUUGUUUCUUCUUUAUGUAUAUAUAUAUACAUAUACAUAUGUAUAUAAAUAUAUAAAAGCAAUUUUACGUU